GCAAUACCAAUAUUGCCAAAACAAUUACUAAUUCUUAUCACUGUCAUCAGCUGGAAAUUUUGUGAAUGCGUAAUAAAAUAGUGUUUAUUUAUAAAUCGCUCUAUACAUUAUCAAAAUGGCAACAGGAGUAAAACCUCGUGAUGAAGAAUCACAACUUACUAAAAGCGACCUUGAGACCAUACAAGAUGCAAUGAAGUGUAAGAAGUUUCGAGAUUUGUUAACCGAUUACUGCGAGGAAGUACGUGACCCGGCAAAUCAAGCGUUGUAUCAAAAAGAAAUGACCCAACUUGAAAAGGAACGUGGCUACGAUGUAACUUUCAUUAAUCCGAAAGGGGGUUAUGUUAUUAAAACUAGUGUCGCUGGCGACAGGAAGGCGUUUAUCAACAUUUGCAGUAACGAGAAUGUUGAUAAGCCGUCAUGUAGCGUUCAAGAAAUAAAUGGCAUAAAAGGUAUGAACUGGUUGUUGCCGUACUCAAUAAUACCUCCAAGAGAAGAUUACAAUAAUAAAAAAGAACGUUGCGUGAUAUAUGACGUAGUGUUCCAUCCCGAUACUUUACGUAUGGCGGAGGUUAACAAACGGUUUCGUGAGUUAGUAAACAAAACUGCUUUCGACGGUUUACAAAAAACAUACAAUAUUCAUUUCGAUAGUAAUAACUUCCGAUUUCCAAAGUCGCAUUACAAAGGAACGAGUACACCUGCUGUAAUUAGAAAAGAAGAUCCUAAUUAUGUACCACCAACAGAUGAAGAAACUGAGAACAUCUCGCCAGAAGUUUUAGAAAAAAUGUACCCUCAGCAUAUCUAUAAUGAAAAAAUGGAUAAACCCACUGAAGAACUAAUAUCACACCAAAAUCAGAAACAAAAAAGACAGUCUAGGAAAGUUAAAGAAGAAUUUACUCAUACUACUGAAAAUGGAUAUACUAUUCCUAAGUAUGUUAUAAAACAACAAAAGAAUGUAGAUCUUCAAGAGUUUACUAAUGAAAAAGAUAGUAAACAAUAUUCUGCUAUUCCCAGUCAUAUAGUUAUUGAAGUUAAUCUACCAAUGCUUUCAUCUACAAAAGAUUGUAUAUUGGAUGUUAAGGAAAAAUCAUUGAAUCUAAUAUCAGAAAAGCCAGCAAAAUAUAAACUGAACCUCACUCUGCCAUACCCAGUGAAUGAUGAAUGUGGUAAUGCAAAGUUUGAUAAGUCUAAGCACAUGCUUAUAGUGACUUUACCAGUUAUAAAAAGAAGUAACAACCAUAAUAUAAAUUCUUUAAAAGUUGACAGUGGAGUUGAAAGUGAAGAAAAUUCAGGUUCCCAAAGUGAUGAGGGUGGCAUGGAUGGUUUGGUAGUUGACUUACCCUCAACUCCUGAAUCUCCACUUUUAAAAAAUUAUGAUCAUCCCAGUGAAAAGCCUUUGGAAGACCCAUUCUUGGUAUCUUCUCUUGGAUAUACAUUGCCAUCAUAUACACAUAAUGUUAUGGAUGAAAUUGUAGCAUUUACUUUCCAUGUGAAAAACACUGAACCUGAUUCAGUAAAAGUAAAAAAAGAUGACAAUAAAAUUUACAUUAAAUUUACUUCAAUUGGUUCAGGCUUUGUUCCUGUUCACUAUGCAGCUAUUAUUAUAUUUGAAGAACAAAUCAAGUUUGAAAAUGUCAGUGGAGAAGCAUGGGAUAACAAUGUUAUAUUGCAGUUAGAAGUUGUUGGUGAUGUACCUCAGAAGUUCCAAAUUGGUUUAAGUGAAGACUCCUUCACUAGUGAAUAUUUUGAUAUGUCUCAGGUGAGUAGGUCAUCAAAACCUAGAAUUGUAAAUGAAACAAAAUUGGAUUAUCAUAAAGAAGUUACAACUCCUGUUGUUGAAGUGACCAACUUAGGUACAGAAACAAAUAUUGUAGUUUCAUCAAAUAAUUUUGAUUACAAUGAAGAUAAUAUAGAAAGUCCAACUACAAAAGAGAAAGAGAUUGUGUGGACAGAGACUGAAAAUAAUGAAAGCGGAGCAAAAAGUAUACUCCGUAAACAAAUAUCUAUGACAAGAAGCUACUCUGAGUCAAGUAUGGGAGAUGUUGCAUCGUCUAUGGAUUACAUAAGUUCUGACUGCAUACCAGAAGAAUCUAGUUUGAAAAAGACUGUUAGAUUUAAUGAUGUCAUUGCAAGACAAUUCUACAGAUAUAACUCCUCCAUAGAAGGUCAGAAAAAGAAAAAUCAAAGAAGAAAAAGCAAAAAACGAAAUCAGGAGCAGCGCAAGAGUGAAAGUGAGGCUGAGGAUGAUGUUACCAACUCAAAUAUGACUUCAAAACCAAGAUUGAAAUCUGCUCUCAAACUAAGACGUGACAGCGGACUCGCCGAUACCUCAGAUGCUGAAGCUGACUGUAAAACGACGCCACUGGAUUCACCCAUUUCCCCAUCCACUUUCAACAUUCCCACUAAUAGUAAUAAAUCUACCAACAUAUAUGAUGAUGACUUCAAAGAUAAUGUAGAUGAGAAGGAGAAAUUUAAGUCUAUUUUAAACAUAGAUUACAAAGCAAAAGCUCCAUCAGAGCCUACGAUAUGGGAAUCAGCAAGUGAAUCCACAAAAACACCAAAAAGACAAGAUGAUUCUAAAUCAUUUAAUAAGAUUACCUGUGAUAACAUCAAACAUAAUACAAAUCUUUACAACCCAGAUAACUUAAAUAAAGGCCAGUACCUAGAGGUAGCGUUUAAAAACGAUCUCAUAUUUGAUUUGGAUAUGUGAGGUUUGCAAUUUCCAUCUAUUCAGUUCAAUUAUUUUCUGUUAAAUUUAUUAAAAAAUUAUAUAUUAUUGAAAUACUUUGAGUAUUUAAAAGAAAAUGUAGUAUUUGGAUUUUGUAAUUGUUUGAAGUUCCUUUGCAUUGUGAAGAUACUUAAGAAUUGUUUGUUGGAUGUGCUAGUUUAUGGCAAUGGUUUACAUUAAUUAUAUAAUUUUCUUAAAAUUUUAAUCCCAGUGUGUUCAACUAUAAUAAAGUCAAUUAAAUUAUAUUUUACAGAUUUGAAAAAAUAAUAUCAUUCAAAAUGAUAAAAUGUUGGCAUGCAGAAAUAAUUUUCAUUAUUGAUCUUAAUUAUUUUUAAUUUUUAGCCAUGUUAAAAGUAAAGUUAAAAGUAGAUUUAUCUAUAAUCAUUCAAAUGAAGUUAUGCUCAUUUUAGACAAUAUUUGGUAGAAAAAUUGCAUUUAAAUGGUACAAACUAGAUACGUAAUUUACUGAUGUUAUAUAGGUCAAGUGCUAGGAAUUUAUUUCUGAAUAAGAAUCUUGAGCCUAAAUUUUAUUUGUUAAAUUGUUUAGUCUAAUACUGCACUACAUACACGAUUUAGAAUUUAGGUUUGCCCACUAAAGAAUUUAGAAACGGCCUAAGCAAGGAUGCUAGAAUCUGUUUGCUAAUAUUGUAUGUUUCAGUGGGUAAAAUAUAACACUUGCAGUUUUGUAAGUAACAUUUUACACAUUCACCAAAAUCUUUUUUAUACCUCUACUUAUAUUUAUAUACUUAGCUGAUCUUGAUCUGCCUCGCAAUUAUUGUAUUUUUUUUUCUAAAUUCCAGUUAUAGAACCAGUUAUUAAUUUACAAUUAAAUUAUUCUUGUGCCUUUAGUCUUUAAAAAUAUAUUUAUAAAUAACUAAAAGUUAAACCAGUGUUUAUAUUAAUUUGGUAUAUUUAACGUCUGUUGUCAUAAACAAUGCAUAUUAUUUAAUAUUUUAUAAUAUAUAACAAUAACUAUGGUGUAUGAAUAAUAUAAUUUAUGUUUUGUGUAAGAUACUAUAAGGUUCUGAAAGAUUGUGAUUUUGUGAACGUAGUAUAAUAUACUAGUUUACUGAA